AUGGCACGAGAAUUUAACCCAAACCCCGAAACAGUAGAUGAGCAAUGGAAAAUAAUUAAACAUACCCUUAGAAAUGUGUCGGAGAAAGUUUUAGGGAAAGCCCAUAGAACGAAGAAACCCUGGUUUAAUGCUAUAUGCCAAGAAGCCCUGAAAAGAAGGAAAAUAGCAAGAGAAAGAUGGUUAAAUGAUGCUAACAAUCAGGAAGAAGAAAGAAUCUUUAGAGUUAAAAGGAAAGAAGCUCAUAACAUUCUUAGAUGUGAAAAGAGAAAGUAUGUUCAAAAUGUAAUAAGGGAGGCAGAACAAGAUUACAGGUCACACAAUACACGGCAGCUAUAUCACAAGGUAAAUAGUUUUAAAGGCGGAUAUAAAAGACAAGAAAAAUUUCUGAAAAUGGACGAUGGAAGCCUAGUGACAAAUCAGGAAAAAAUAAUGGAGAAAUGGGCAGAGUACUUUGAAAAGCUACUCAAUUGUGAAGUACCAGUUGAUACAUUUACAUAUGGACACAACGAACCCAAUGAUGAUCCCUGCCCACCCCCAUCAAAGGAAGAAAUCGAACAACAGAUCAAAAGGCUCAAAAACCACAAGUCACCCGGGGAAGAUGACCUUCAAGGGGAAAUUCUAAAGCAUGCGGAUAGCUCCAUGAUAGAAAGUAUAUACUUGUUGAUAAAAGAAGUGUGGGAGACGGAAAUGUUACCGAUAGAUUGGGGAGUAGCAUACAUACGCCCAAUACACAAAAAAGGCGACAAGCAAGUCUGUAGUAACUAUAGAGGAAUAGCGUUGCUAGAUACAGCAUAUAAGGUAUUAUCAUAUUGCAUCCUAGAUAGAAUCAAACCUCUGGCCGAACAAGUGGUUGGGGACUAUCAAUGUGGAUUCAGGCAAAAUAGGUCAACGACAGAUCAGAUAUUUAUAAUCAGGCAGUUAUUCCAGAAAAGCUGGGAAUAUAAUAAGGAACUCCAUGUUAUCUUCGUUGAUUUUCAAAAGGCGUAUGACAGUAUAGAUAGAACUAGCAUAACCGAAAUUCUGAAAAAUUUCCAUUUCCCAAGGAAAAUAGUACAAUUAGUUGAAGCUAGUAUAAGACAAACUAAAGUCAAAGUCAAAGUAGGAAACUCGACAUCGAGGAUGGUGGAGGUAAGAACCGGACUUAGACAGGGGGAUGCCUUGUCGCCAGUACUCUUUAAUUUGGUAUUAGAGAUGGUGAUCCGAGAAAUGAAUAUUGGAAGAGAUGAAGGAGUAAGAAUGGAUAGAACUUGCUUUAGUCUGCUCGCCUAUGCAGACGAUAUAGUCUUGCUAGGAGAAGAUGAACAAAAAGUGGUAGAUUUAUGCGGCAGGUUAAUAGAAUCAGCAAAGAAGGUAGGGCUACAUCUCAACAUAGAGAAAACGCAGUACAUGAAAGUUAGUAGGGAACUAGAUAACCUUCAGGAGACCGAAACCAUAACAGUUGGCCAGUACGAGUUCAAAAAAGUAGAAGAUUUCAAAUACCUAGGUACGAUUGUAACACAGAAGAAUGAAUGUCAAAUUGAAAUUCAACAAAGAAUAAAAAUGGGAAAUAAAUGCUUCCAUGCACUAGGCAAACUACUAAGCUCGAAAGUCCUGUCAAAAGAGGUUAAAACUCAGCUGUAUUUGACAAUCAUACGACCAAUAGUCAUGUAUGGUUCACAAUGUUGGACGUUACGAAAGACUGAGGAGGAAAGAUUAGUAGUUUUUGAGAGGAAGGUACUUCGUAAAAUAUAUGGACCUAUAUAUGAUCAAGAGCUUCAAGGAUGGAGAAAAAGACAUAAUCAAGAACUGACGGAGCUUUUCAAUAGACCAAAUAUUAUAAACGAGAUCAAACGGAGUAAGUUGGAAUGGGCAGGACACGCAGUUAGGAAGCAAGAUUCAAUGGUUCAAAGGGUACUCCAAGAAAACCCAAAGAGAAAAAGACCACUGGGUAGACCAAGGCUACGCUGGGAAGAUGGAAUUAAAAAAGAUUUCCUAAGUGCUGGUGGAGCGGAAUAUGAUCACAUGGACUGGAAGGAAGUAGCGGAGAAUAGAGAAGAAUGGGAAAGGAUUUGUUCUAUGGCAAGAUGGUCUCAAAGGCCUUAA